GCCGUUUAGGGAACCGGCGUACCGGGGGGGAGUGUUGAGUACGCCCCUGGCGUAGCUGCGCAUCUUCCAUCCAACAAUCUGGCCCACUCAUACCAGCCCAACCAGGAACAAUAGAGCGAACAGAAGACAACCCACGUUGAAUUAGAUGUUGUGCAAACCAAGAAAUUAACUAAAUCUAAACAUAACUUUAUUGUAUAUUUACGUUGAUUUGUAACGUGGCAACUUAUAGGUAAACUAUUAUUGAAUUAGUGCUUACUUGAAGUUAUUGAAAAACCAUUUCUCUACAGUAGUGCCGGCUUAAAACUAAAUGAAUUCAUUCUAACCUAAAGCUACGCUACUCUAAACAUACAUGCAAGGUAAUUAUAAAUAGUUAAAGUAGUUCCAAUUGAGUAUUUACACGAUAUUGUUCCGGUACAGAUAUAUGUACGAUCACAGAAGAUAGCAUAGACAGCGCCAAGCAUCGACCUUUAUCAUUGACCCUAUGUACAAACUUACCGUGGACCCUGCACAGUGGGACUAAACUGAAUAGCAGCACUCGAAGGUGGUGAUUGGGGAAAAACGACGGGAAAUGUCCUCGACUGCGGCCGGCGGAUCGCUCCCGGCGAGCAUCAUGGCCAACGGAAGUGGCAAGCCGAUCAAAAUGGAAAUGAAACCCAUCGUGGGGACGACGGCAACUGGGAAGGGCCACGGCGGAUUGCUGCCCGGGUCCGGAGAUAAGCACGAAUCGUGGCAAAUGGAGCUACUGAUGGAGCGCCUCAGGAACAAAGCGAAAUCGUCACAGUACAAAUCGUUUCAGGAAAUGUCCAAAGCCGUUCGGAUGUCUUUAUUGGAAAAACGUUAUGCCUUAGAUGCUGUGGAAAAAUCUAAUCUGCAGAAAACAUUAGAUAGCAUGCAGUAUUGUAUAAAAGUAACAUCCCGACAGGGCCUAGUGGAAAGGCUGGAUUGCCUCACCCGGCAACUUGGUUUGAAACUCAGCGAAGACACUUCAGGAUUGUUCAUUUCAUCAGAUAUGUUCUACCUGGAGAUUAUCUUGGACCCGAACGGAACCGUUCAGGACGUGAAAGUGCACCAUGAAUGUAAAAUGAAGCAGCAGAGCUGCAGUGAACUGGUUUCCUGUUUGCAAAGAGGCGAUUUUGUGGACUUCACCACGCAGUUAGAAGGUUUGGCCUCGAUUUAUCAACUUAAUGCAGAGAAGAAAAUCAAAGUGAAUGCGUUCGUUGCCCUGCAGGCGUUAGAAACCGAUUUGUAUAAUCUUUACACAUUGUCGACUCAACAUUACAACGAUAUCCACUCACUGUUGCUGAAAUCUCCCCUCGGAGUGGUUCAGAAGCGUCGCGGUGGCCACGCCAUGAAGCUUACCUACUACAUUGCGCCGUACGAUUUGCUAGAUCUAGAAGCAAGGAAAAUGAAACCCCUCAAUACCGAACUUAUCUCAGCGGAGAAAAUCGGAUACAGUGUGGCUGUGAAUUUGGAAGCAUCCACAGCGAACAAGUUGCAGAUUCAGCCGCUUCUGGUGCAGCAAGGAAACUCCCCAGUGUACAGUCCCAUUGAGAAGCAUAAUUCCACUUCGCUUCCGGCGACCUUCGUGCUGAGAUUGAACAAACCGAUGGCCCUGAACGUGGCCAUGUUGAAACAAAUCAAGCACAUUACUGGAGAUAGUUCGGCGGUGACGAUUGACCCAGCCACCAGCAAUACCUGCCUGAUGAGUUUGAUUGUACAGCAUGCCUCCAACGGUACGGUCAACAACAUCGCUAAAGGACUGUUUGUGACACUGCCCGAUCAGUAUCAUUGCUAUUAUAUGACUGAGAAUAAGAAUCUACAGGGUACAAUCAUCAGCAGCAUUCCAUUCACCGAGCCGCAGCACGUGUCGAAAAUUUUGGUGUUCCUGCGGCAGCAAGCUCUCUUCAAUCAGCUACUGACCAGCUGUAUCCGGAAUAACGGUUCGAGCAGCACCCGGAUGAGCGACUACGAACAUCUGGUGGUGUUUGAGGUGGCCGCCCUCUCGUGUCAGUACAUUACGGUUUCCCUGGAGCACCCUUUCGAGGAAUCGAUCGCCAUGGUGGAGUUCGAUCUGCGGAACAUCCUUGCGAUUCAAGUUCGGGUGUUUUGCAACGGUUACGAAAGCGACGAACGAAUAUCCAAGCAGGUUUCUCUGAUCGUCCAGCGCACGAUGUCGAUUCCGGUGACCCUGCGGGGGUUGAUGAAAAUCUGGCAAGAGGACUACGAGGUCAAAUUUAAAGGCCAAGGGAACGGCGGGGGAAAUGGCACCGUGGAUGAGGGAAAUUUUAGCUUGUCUAUGGGCCCGGAUGAAGGCGGAGGGAACGGUCCAGCAGGACCCGGCGGAGGAGGAGGAGGAGGAGGAUCGGCUAUGAACGGUCAGCAUAACGGAAGCUUGAAUGGAUCCGGCAUGGAGUUUUGCGAUGUUAAAAAGGUGAAACUCGAACCGAUGGAUCAAUCGAAGAAACGCCGUGGAGUGGAGGAUUUUUGUAGAAGCCCAAAGAGUAGUAAGGUAGAAUCGGAAGAAGGUAACGAAGCGAUGGAUGAGGAAGACGAUGAUGAUGAAUAUGACGAGUCGACAAACUUGAGCAGUGGCGACUCGAACUCUUUGGGUGAAAAUCAACAGACGAAUGCAGGACAGUCAUCAUCGUCGACGGCAGCAAUGGGAGCACCGGCCCCAGUAAGUACCGUAGGACCAAGGAACUCGGUUUCAGGCAAUGCCAGUGAGAGCUCUGGAAAUAGUUCCAUUCUUGGGAGCUUGGAUUUUUCCUCUCUUGACCCCGAUCUAAUGCGAUCGUCGAAUAGUUCGGAUCUGGACGACACCACCGAAGUCAGUGAACCGGAAGUUAAAGUUAAGUCAGAAGAACCUUCCUACGCCACAUCGGUCAGUAUCACCCCGAUCGGAGUGGGGAAAUCUACGAGUUCGUUGACAAAUUCCGUCCUGAACAACAUCGGUCUGGACAAACGACCCGGAAUCGAGAUUAUCCCACUGGCCAAUGCUGGUACAAAUGUGCCCUCCUCGAUUACCAUUACCCCCAUUCCAAUGGGUUCCUCUGGAGGGUCUUUGAAAAGUAGCAGCGAUAACAGUGGGGACAAAAAGCUUAGCAGUAGCUCUAGCGGAAGUAUCCAUCGGAAAAGUGGAAGCAGCAGUAGCAGUAGCGAAUCCGAUCGAGCAAAGCUCGAGAAGAAAAAGAAACGAAGACAUGAGGAACAACUGGCCCAACUGCAGCAAAUGGGACCACCGCACAAGAUACUCUCCAAGAGCACGGAUGGUCCCGCUUCGCCAUCGGGCAGCUCUCGAAAAUUUUCCGUUUCCCCUGUUCCGUUGAAGAGUGGGAGUGGCAGCUCGUCAAGUCAAAUAUUUCUCUCCAGUGGAAGCCCUGGUUCGGGGAGUAAAUCCAGCCCCAAGCACUCGCCAGUACAUCACAGCAGUCCAAAGCAUCAGGGCAGCUAUGGGACGUCCUCUCCGAAGCAUAUUUCCGGUGGAAGCUCUGGUGGGGGAAAGCCAAGUAUGUCGGCACUCAAAUCAGCCACCAGCAGCGGUUCUCCCAGCUCGAAAAAUGGCUCGUCCGGUAUUGGUGGCAGUGGCAAAGACGAAGGUUCAUCCGGGAGUGGGAGUAAAAGUAGUGGGAGUGGUGGAUCAUCAUCCUCCAGAGAUCGCGACAGGGACAGAGAUCGAGAUAGGGGCGAGAAGAGAUCGGGAUAUUCUUCGUCAUCUAGCUCGUCCAGUCCAAAGCUUAAAACUCCUGCUGUCAAAUUGAAGCAGCUGGAUUUGACCAAUUGUGGUUCUACAGUGAGUGCCGGCGUUCAGCUGGAGUUAAUGAAUAGCAAUAGUAGUGGAGGAAGCAGUUCCGGAAGUGGUAGUAUUGACCUGACAGACAGUGGACUGUUUGGAAUUGGUGCAACGGAUCUAUCGAAAAAUGCCUCGGCUGCUGCAGCUUCUGCCGCCGGAAUGCUUCUGCUCCAACAGGCAAUGAAACGGAAAGGCUCUCUCAGUGCUGUGAUCGACAAGCUCAAAUCCGCUCAAGGGGGCGACGAAAGUUCCCUGAUGCUACUCCCAGAGCUAGCUCAACAAGCGGGAUUUUCCUUGAAAGAUGCCUCCACACCCGGUAAGACUGCUUCCUCUUCUCUACCAGUAGCGUCAUCAUCGUCUGCAUCAAGCUCAACCUCUUCGACUUCGGUUUCAAACCUCACUGGCGCUUCCCUUGGUUCGGCAUCAGCAGCUGCAGCAGCGGCUCUGGCAGCACACUUUUCCUCAGCAGCCGCUGCAAUGCAGGGUAAGACCUCGGAAUACAUGGUCAAACCCAGCUCGGACGGAAUCAAACUUACCAUUCAGAACAAGAAAGGCUCGAAAAGUGGAAGCAGCAGCUCUUCAACGUCGUCGUCAAGCUCCAAAAGCAGCAGUUCCAAAUCUGGAACUAAACCGAGCAUUUCAAGCGGAUCUCUGCCCCCGAAGAAACUACCAAGCUCUCAAAGCUUCAGUGGCGCUUAUCCUCCAACGUCUGGAAGUAGCAGCAGCAGCAGUGGGAAAUCUUUCAGCUCUGGUUCAUCAUCAUCAUCUUCUUCCAAAGCACCGUUUCAAAAGUCAAGUUCAUCCGGAUCGUUAUCGAGCUCUGGUAGUUCGAUGAGGCCAUCGUCUAAAUCGAGCUCGUCGUCCUCUGGGAGCAGCAAGGACAAGUCUCGAAGUAGUUCCAAAUCGUCAUCGUCCUCGUCGGCUGCUGCUGCCGCUGCUUCUUCACUUAUGGCCACAAACGCUGCCAUGGCAGCAGCAGCCCAAGCCGCCGUCAAUGCCAAUGCUUUGAACGUGAUGAAAAUGCUUGGCCUCACGUCCUCCAUUCAAAACAUGGAAGGCUUCGUCAAGACGUUGGACACCAAGUUUCAAAUUCCGAAGCUUUCCGCCAGAUCCGGUGGUUCAUCGGGAAGUGGUCCCGGCGGAAGUGACAUCGAAAAGCUGAAGCAAGAAUCUCGCCCUUUAUCUUCUUCUUCGGCACCUACCACUCCACUGUCGAAUGUUGGCCAAUCGCCGACCGGAAGUAACGAUUUUUCCCUCCCAUUCAACAAACUGCCAGGUGAUGUUUCGCCUCUGCAUUCGACCCUAUUGCCGAACGUGAUGCAGAAAAUGUUUUCCGGCCACGAUACGUCGAUGCUGAUGAGACGAUCUCCGAAUUUGGACCAUCAGUCCUCGAGCAAUAGCCGAGAUGGAUUCUCGUCAAUCUAUGGAAAAGGUUCUACUACUCCAACGACCCCCACUGGGUCCGUUCCGCCUCCCUUUCCAUCGCCAGGCAAUGUGCAGAGCCACGCAAUGGACUUUUCCAACAGCAGUGACUCUGCCGAUGCCAGUUUGAUGCGACCUCCGUCUCGCCCCAGCAGCACCAUGUCAAAUCACAGCUCUUCGGAUAAGCUCAUCGAUGCCACCACCAAUAGCAACUCAAUGGACGGUCUUCGGAGCACUUCGCCUGCCCAAGCCUUGGCCGCGGCAGCCGUUGCCGCCCAGCUAAUGAACAAGCUCGACAAUACUCAGCAGUUCGUUGCUGCGCUGAAGAAUCAUCACCAUCAUCUCAGUGCUCUCAGUCUUAGUAAUGCUGCUGCCGUGGCCGCGUCUCAACUUGCUGCAGCUGCUGCUUCGGCAUCAUCAGGUGGUUCCGCCGGUCCGGGACCUGUAACGUCGCCGACGUCUGUUUCGGUUCACAUCAUGAAAUCGCCCGUUCCCAGCCCUCUUCCCUUGCAUGGUGGCGGAGGUGCAGCUUCCAGCAGUUCCGUUGGAGGUCCUGAUGAGGACGAAACGCUCGUCGGGGUCAGCGGCAAAUGACAAUAUCCUGUCGUCGCCCUGUGCUGUACAUAGAUUGUAAUCAAAAACGUAUGGAAGUUUCUUACGUGAAACUCAAACACUGUUCAAUACAUAUUUAAAAGUAUCGAGAGAAAUUAGUAUGACCACUUAAGAGUCGUUUCAUUUAGCGAAGGAGGAAUGUUCCGCAAAUUGAGUCGCGUUCAAUUUGGUGAUUUCCCUACCGAGAGUGUGUUUAUCGACGAUAAAAUGUAGUCUUUCUGAGAUUGUAGCAAAAGGGACAAAAUUUUAGGCAAAAGAGAAAAGAGAAAAAUCUUUAGAUGAGAUUUGGGUACCACGUGGCUCUUCUCCAGAGGGAAGGAACGUUAGGAUUAGCUAUUUGAAAAGAGUGUUCUGGGACAGCAUCGCCGUUGCGAAAACAAAUUAAGGAAAAAAAGUUUAUUAUUUAGUGAGUAUUACUGAGAAUAAAAGGAAUGAGAACAAAUCAAAA